GAUCAUGGGGUUGAUAGCAGCAUUUUCCAGAAUCCUAAAAAGCUUCACCUAACUAUUGGGAUGUUGGUGCUUUUGAGUGAGCAAGAGAUCCAGCAGACAUGUGAGAUGCUACAGCAGUGUAAAGAGGAAUUCAUUGAUGACAUUUCAGGGGGCAAACCCCUGGAAGUAGAGAUGGCAGGGAUAGAAUACAUGAAUGAUGAUCCUGGCAUGGUGGAUGUUCUUUAUGCCAAAGUCCAUAUGAAAGAUGGCUCCAACAGGCUGCAGGAAUUGGUUGAUCGAGUACUGGAACGUUUUCAGGCCUCUGGACUAAUAGUGAAAGAGUGGAAUAGUGUGAAACUCCAUGCUACAGUCAUGAAUACUCUGUUCAGGAAAGACCCCAAUGCUGAAGGCAGGUACAACCUCUACACAGUGGAUGGCAAAUAUAUCUUCAAAGAAAGAGAAUCAUUUGAUGGCCGAAACAUUUUAAAGCUCAUUUUCUGA